AUGCCCAAGGCCACACGCCAGACCUCGCCACCAGCGGCGACCACAGUACGGAGAGAGCCGCCUGCCACUCGCAACACGAGCACAAAGGGGGACGACUCGACGCACUACACCUACGUUGCCGAGGACGCGGCGUGGAAGAUGCGGCUGUGGAGGCGUGGCGGAGGUUGCAUGGCUCAUGGGCAAGGGAGCUACGGCAGCGCUUGA